AUGCAUCUCAAGUCUCUUCUGGUCACGGGAUUUCUCCCUCAGCUGCUUUCCGCCAGCGAGAUGCGUUCGCGAGGCGUUGUCUGCAGCUUUUCCACGCCUGCAAGCAACAGAGAUACUUGUGAAUCUUUCGCUAAGACUUGGGGCCUGGAUGUAGCCAAGCUAACAUCGCUGAACCCCGGUAUUCAGUGCCCUGACCUUGUUGUUGGCCAAAACUACUGUGUCGUAGGCGAAGUCUCGACAGUACCAGACAGUACGACUCAGUCAUCAACGUCGAUCAAGACAUCGUCGACGACAACGACAUCGACAUCGACAAAAACAAUAUCGUCCUCUCCAUACACUCCCACACAGCCUGGCUUGACACCCGACUGUGACAAGUUUUAUCUCGUCUCAGCCGGCGACCAGUGUGAUGGCAUUGAAGCCAAAUUCAGCAUCAGCUCGGCCCAAUUUUAUGCUUGGAACCCCUCCAUCAACGCCGAAUGUAGUAACCCGUGGCGUGGCUACUAUGUUUGCGUUCAUGCCCCGGGUGCUGUCGUGACACCACCCACACCGACAAAGCCGGCAAACGGUGGAAUUUCUCUGGACGACUUUCUCAAGUGGAAUCCAGAUGCUGGAAAUAACUGUCAAGGGCUGUGGGCAAAUGCUUAUGCCUGCAUCAACAUCCUACCAGCCUUUACUCUCGGCACCUACUACCAUACCGAUUGCACUGGUACUAUACACAAUGCGGCAGCCAUUCAAAUGCAGACGGAUGGCGCGUGUAUUAACACUGAUUGCCAGGCAGGGUCUGUUAAAGUCAUCCCGCAAGGUGCGUGCCCAGAUGGCGAGAUACAAAUCAGCUACUGGGAGCAACCUGGCUGCACGGGGAAGUGGUUCGGGUAUAGCUACACCAGCAGAGACACAUGUCACAGGAUGUGGACUGAUGGCUGGAAAUUCAAGUCGUUGCAUUUGAGAUGUGCCAGCGAAAAGGACGACUGCGUGAGUAAAGGCACUUGUACUUUUGACCCGGAGCCAGCAAACAAUGUAUGCUAG